CGCGCGCUCACUUGUUUCACCAGGGUGUUGUGUUUCCCGCUGUUCAGUAGAGCGCAGAUUUCUCUGGGUGUGGACAGAUCACUUCAGCUCAGGAUCUGACUCCAUUUAAAACUACACGUCUAAUUCAAUCUCUGAAAGCUUCUGAUAGCGCAGAAGGACAUAAAAGACGCAGACUUGGAGUCAGAAGCUCUUCAGGAUCACAUUAUAACGUUUACAUUACGCCAAAAUGUCUCUGCAUAAAGGUAUGCUUCUCCUACUAAUGAUAGUUUUUUUUAGUCUUUUUGGAUGUUCCAAUGCAGACUUCACUUUGAAGGAACAUAGUGGACCCGUCUUUGCUAAAAUGGGAUCUUCUUCUGUUCUGCCAUGUGAACUUUUUCCUGCUUUGAACGCAAAGACCUAUGAAGUUCGUUGGCAUCGACCAAAUAAAAGGGAUAACCCGAUUCUGCUGUAUGAAGAGCAAAAAGUCCAGGAAAAUGCAGGAGAUCCUCAGUACAGAGGCAGAGCUUCUCUGGUUGGAGAUCUGCAGAAAGGGAACGUCUCUCUGAAACUGGAGAACCUCACUUUAGCAGACAGAGGAGAAUACGUGUGCUAUGUUAGGAGUAGCGAAUGGUAUGAUAGUGCCAGUGUCUUCCUGAACAUAACAGCGGUUGGGUCUCUUCCUGUCCUCUCAUUUGCUGAAGUUGGAGAUCAACUGAAUGUUACCUGUGCUUCAGAUAGGUGGUCACCAAUACCCACUCUCAUCUGGAGAGAUGAGAGAGGAAUACAGCUUAAGAACAGUGUUUUUAUGCCCAAAACAGAUUCUGAAGGGUUGGUGAGUGUGAGAUCUUGGCUGAUGUUCUCUCCCUCAGACUCAGAGUGGAUCUCCUGUUCUGUGGGUUUAUCUGAUCAAGAGAUGAGGGAGGGAAGAGUUCUGCCAAUCAAAUCGGCUCCUGCAACAGAACAGGAAUUAGGAGUUUCUUCAGGAUGGAAAGUCUCCUUCAUCAUCUCACUGAUUAUCAAUCUGCUGGUUUUCACUGUAAUGACACUCCUCGUCAUCCCCAAGACCAGAGAUUACAUUUUCUCAAAGGUACGGGAGAUCACUGCAGCAGGUAAGAUUCAGCAUAUUGUCCACAAUAAUUAUUACAAUCAUUCGUUCUUUCUUUCCUUUUUUGGUUAUUUAGAUGAGGAAUCAAAUCUUCUCAGUGAGGUCACUGCUCCAACAAUCCCAGUUUCUACUGUGAAAGGAACUCCGGAAACAACUAAUGAACACAUUCAAAUCCCAGUUCCAGAAAAAAAUGAUAAGGCAACAAACACAGAAAAAGAAAUUCCAGACUGGGAAAUGAUGACUGCCUGCAAAGUUGCUAUCAGGCCAGAUGCAUCAACAAGUUCUCUGGAAGUUGAAGAGAAAAAGAAAAAGAAGUGCAAAUCCGACUUCAAUAAUAAGACGUUAUUUAAUCAUGUUUUGUGUGAGGAGAGAAUCCGCUCAGGACGAUACUACUGGGAGAUAACAGUGCUCACAGAGCUGUUUCCUUCGAACAAACGCAAGAAAUAUGAAUGUCCAUCAUCCUGGUAUGUUGGGGUAACCAAUGAAACAGCAGAGAAAAACAACAGAGUUCCUUUAACUCCACAGAACAGCUACUGGGUUCUUCAGUAUGAUAAAGAGAGAGGAUUUCAUGUUUAUGAUCCCAUUCUGACUUCAGUUCUAGUGAGAGAUCGGUUCUCGAAGCUGGGAGUGUUUUUAGACUGUGAGAGAAACACUCUGUCUUUUUACGACUGUGAUAAAAAGGCUCAUCUCUACACCUUUUAUAACGUAUAUUCUAAACAACCAUUGAUUCCAGUUUUGAGUCCUGGAGACAAAGCUCACAAUACAUUAGCAAUCUCUUAAGAAAACUGUGUGAACUGUAGUGAACUUUAUCUACAACCUGAUGGACAUGCCUCUUCAGGGCAGUCCAAGUCUGGAGAAGCUUUAAUCAGUGUUCAUGAUGGCCAGACUAGCCAGUCACACAAUAUACAACAACAGAAAGAGAGAGACAGGGGAAUGAGAAGGAUGUUAUCCUUCCUUAGAAAGAAAUAGACUGGUAAUGCAUAGUUUUACAGCCCACUACCGAUGGCUAUGGUAUCACCAAUGACUGAACCUACUGCUCCUGAUCAAAAAACACAAGAUUAGAAGGAUGUGCAACUCAGUUCCAUUCCAUGAUUUUUAUUUUGUCACAAUGCAAUUGUUUAAAUUUGGUACACUGGAAGUAAGGGAAUACAUGUAACAUUGUUAUAUAAUCAGGAUAUAUAAAAAAUAACUUAAUUA